CUCUAAACAAGCCAAUUGUACUUUGAGCAUAUCUAAAAAAGUAUAAUAUGGCGUUUAGAAUGAAAGUUUAUGUUUGCCUCAUUCUCUUCUUAUCUUUCUUAUCAUUUUUCUUCUCUUUGGGUACUGCCCAAGUGGUUAUCAACUAUAGAGAUGCUCUUGAAAAGUCCAUUUUGUUCUUUGAAGGACAAAGAUCCGGGAAACUCCCCCCUAACCAGCGAGUCUCUUGGAGGGGUAAUUCUGGACUUUCAGAUGGUUCACUUGCUCAAGUGGAUUUAAGUGGAGGCUAUUAUGAUGCUGGAGAUAAUGUGAAGUUCAAUUUCCCAAUGGCAUAUACUACCACAAUGCUCUCUUGGAACACACUUGAGUAUGGGAAGAGAAUGGGCCCCCAAUUACAAAAUGCACGGGCAGCGAUCCGUUGGGCAACCGAUUACUUCCUCAAAUGUGCAAAUGCUGCUCCCAACAAGCUCUUCGUUGGAGUUGGUGACCCAAAUGCUGAUCACAAGUGUUGGGAAAGGCCCGAAGAUAUGGACACUGUCCGAAGCGUCUAUUAUGUCUCUCCAAGCAAUCCUGGCUCUGAUGUGGCCGGAGAAAUGGCUGCUGCUUUAGCUGCUGCCUCAUUGGUUUUCCGGUCUGUUGAUCCGGUGUACUCAAAAAAGCUACUGGGAAAUGCAGUUAAAGUGUUCAGGUUUGCAGUUCAAUACAGAGGCUCGUAUAGCGAUUCACUAGGCUCUGCAGCUUGCCCAUUCUAUUGCUCCUAUUCUGGUUAUAAGGAUGAGCUAUAUUGGGGAGCAGCAUGGCUAUUGAGAGCAACAAAUGACAUUUCUUACUUAAACUUCAUAAAUACCUUGGGAGCUAAUGAUGUGCCAGAUUUAUUCAGCUGGGACAACAAAUAUGCUGGUGCUCAUGUGCUUAUGUCAAGGAGAAGCGUGGUUGGAAAUGACAAUAAAUUUGAUUCAUUCCGACAACAUGCCGAAGACUUUGUAUGUAAAGUACUACCCAACUCACCUUAUACAAGCACCCAAUAUACAAAAGGGGGCUUAAUUUACAAGCUACCUGAAGAAAACCUUCAAUACGUGACAUCCAUUACUUCUCUGCUCACAACUUAUGCCAAAUAUAUGGCAAGUAAAAAACAUACUUUUAACUGUGGAAGCCUCCUUGUCACAGAAAAGACUAUUAGAAGCUUUGCAAAAAGACAGGUGGACUAUAUCUUGGGAAACAAUCCAAUGAAAAUGUCAUACAUGGUUGGGUAUGGCACAAACUACCCACGAAGAGUUCACCACAGAGGAUCAUCUUUACCUUCUUUGGCAAUGCAUCCACAAUCAUUUGCUUGUGAUGCUGGAUUUCAACCAUUCUACUAUACAGCAAAUCCCAACCCUAACAUAUUAGUUGGAGCCGUUGUUGGAGGUCCAAAUCAAAAUGAUUUCUUCCCAGAUCAACGUACAGAUUAUAGUCAUUCAGAGCCCGCUACUUACAUUAAUGCUGCCUUUGUUGGACCUCUAGCAUACUUUGAUAGUUCCAAACGUUAGAUCAAACAUUUAAGGGUUUAUUUUACUUAUAAAAUUGUAAAUAUAUCUCUUCAUUUUAGCCCAAAAACAUAUGGGCAUGUGCCACCAGAAGUUGGGGAUACUUCUUAAUAUAUAUUUUUUAUCGGUUCAA